AUGCAGAGUCUGUCGGUCUGAAGGAACCCCUGAGAAACCCCUCUAUCAUCCAUGUGUGUGUACUGGCAGUAUUAAAUUUAUUCAUCAGGAAUGCUUAGUUCAGUGGCUUAAACACAGCAGAAAAGAAUACUGUGAAUUAUGUAAGCACAGAUUUGCUUUCACACCAAUUUAUUCCCCAGAUAUGCCUUCACGGCUUCCAAUCCAAGACAUCUUUGCUGGACUGGUUACGAGUAUUGGCACAGCAAUACGAUACUGGUUUCAUUAUACACUUGUGGCCUUUGCAUGGUUGGGAGUAGUACCUCUUACUGCAUGUCGUAUCUACAAGUGCUUGUUUACUGGCUCUGUGAGCUCACUACUGACACUGCCAUUAGAUAUUCUGUCAACGGAGAACUUACUGGCUGACUGUUUGCAGGGCUGUUUUGUGGUAACAUGCACUCUGUGUGCAUUUAUCAGCCUUGUUUGGUUACGUGAACAGAUCGUCCAUGGAGGAGCACCACAGUGGUUGGAACAAAAUCAGCAACAGCCACUCAAUGGUGUUGGUCAACAAAAUGAGGCUCAGGCUGUUGUAAAUGGAGGUGUUGAAAACGCUGUGCUUGAUCAACCUGCUAACCCGGCUCCUGAGAAUGUAGUUGUAGGUGAGAACCCUGAAAUUCAAGAAGAACAAGUAGAUGAAGAGGAGGAGGAUAAUGAAGAUGAAGAAGAUGCUGUAGUAGAAGAUGCAGCAGAUGCAAACAAUGGAGCACAAGAUGACAUGAACUGGAAUGCUUUGGAGUGGGAUCGAGCAGCAGAAGAGCUUACUUGGGAGCGAAUGCUUGGACUUGAUGGAUCUCUGGUUUUUUUAGAACAUGUCUUUUGGGUGGUAUCUUUAAAUACAUUGUUCAUACUUGUGUUUGCAUUUUGUCCAUACCACAUUGGUCACUUCUCCAUUGUUGGCCUGGGCUUUGAGGAAUAUGUUCAAGCAUCUCACUUUGAAGGCCUUAUUACAACUAUAGUCGGAUAUGUUCUGCUAGCAGUGACUCUAAUUGUUUGUCAUGGUUUGGCAGCACUUGUUAAGUUCCAGCGAUCACGUCGUUUAUUAGGAGUUUGCUAUAUUGUUGUCAAGGUUUCCUUGUUAGUGGUGGUUGAAAUUGGUGUGUUUCCUCUCAUCUGUGGCUGGUGGCUGGAUAUAUGCUCUUUGGAGAUGUUUGAUGCCACUCUGAAAGACAGAGAAUUGAGCUUUCAGUCUGCCCCAGGUACCACAAUGUUUCUGCACUGGUUAGUUGGAAUGGUUUACGUCUUUUAUUUUGCAUCCUUCAUUCUUUUACUGAGAGAGGUAUUGAGACCUGGUGUCUUAUGGUUUCUCAGGAAUUUGAAUGAUCCAGACUUUAAUCCUGUGCAAGAAAUGAUUCACUUGCCCAUUUAUAGACAUCUCAGGAGGUUUAUCCUAUCAGUGAUUGUCUUUGGAUCAAUUGUACUGCUCAUGCUCUGGCUUCCUAUACGCAUUAUUAAGUAUCUCCUGCCUAACUUUCUUCCAUAUAAUGUUAUGCUGUACAGCGAUGCUCCAGUAAGCGAACUUUCCCUAGAGCUCCUUUUGCUUCAGGUGGUGCUUCCAGCGUUGCUAGAACAAGGACAUACAAGGCAGUGGUUGAAAGGUCUUGUACGAGCAUGGACUGUUACUGCUGGAUACUUGCUGGAUCUCCAUUCUUACCUACUUGGUGACCAGGAAGAAAAUGAAAACAAUGCAAACCAGCAGCCUAACAACCAGCAUGCUCGCAAUAAUAAUGCCAUUCCAGUGGUGGGAGAAGGUCUUCAUGCAGCCCAUCAAGCCAUACUUCAACAAGGAGGACCUGUGGGUUUCCAGCCCUAUCGUAGGCCUUUAAAAUUCCCGCUCAGGAUAUUUCUUUUGAUUGUUUUCAUGUGCAUAACAUUACUGAUUGCUAGUCUUAUCUGCCUUACCUUACCAGUGUUUGUGUUUUCAGUAUUUGCUGGCCGAUGGUUAAUGUCGUUUUGGACGGGGACUGCCAAAAUCCAUGAACUGUACACAGCUGCUUGUGGUCUUUAUGUCUGUUGGCUAACUAUCCGAGCUGUGACAGUGCUGGUCGCCUGGAUGCCACAGGGUCGUAGAGUGAUUUUUCAGAAGGUCAAAGAAUGGUCUCUCAUGAUAAUGAAGACAUUAAUAGUGGCUAUACUGCUAGCUGGUGUGGUUCCACUUUUGCUCGGUCUUCUGUUUGAACUGGUCAUCGUUGCACCUUUGAGAGUUCCUUUGGAUCAAACACCUCUCUUCUAUCCUUGGCAGGACUGGGCUCUCGGAGUUCUGCAUGCCAAAAUAAUUGCUGCCAUAACACUGAUGGGUCCCCAGUGGUGGCUGAAAACUGUUAUUGAACAGGUAUAUGCAAAUGGGAUUCGUAACAUUGAUUUACACUUCAUAAUCCGUAAACUGGCAGCACCCGUAAUCUCUGUUCUGUUACUUUCCCUGUGUGUACCGUACAUCAUAGCUUCUGGUGUUGUACCUUUAUUAGGAGUUACCGCUGAAAUGCAAAACCUAGUUCAGCGACGGAUUUAUCCUUUUCUGCUUAUGGUGGUGGUAUUGAUGGGAAUUCUCUCCUUCCAAGUCCGCCAGUUCAAGCGCCUUUAUGAACAUAUUAAAAAUGACAAGUACCUUGUUGGGCAACGACUUGUGAAUUACGAACGAAAGUCUGGGAAACAAGGCACAUCAACAACUCCACCUCAGUCUUCACAAGAAUAGAUGGUCCUAUUAAACAUCUUGACCUUCCCUUUGCCUUUACAUGUCCUUUUUUCAUAGACUCUUCUCAGUCUUUGGAUAUCUCUCCCGAUAACACUCUCAGCAGUGCUUUGGCUUCUGUUAGUAGCAUCCAGAUAGCAGUUAAGGCUCUGUUCCUUAUCUGCAUUUUCUGAUGUUAUCAAUGCUGUCUGAGGUCUGUACAUGUGUAAAUAGAAGUAUUCUGACACCCUAAAACCUUGGAUUAAAAAGAAUGUGCAUUGUACAUCUUUAAAAAACUAUUAUUAAUUUAUUAAAUCUAGUUGUCACUUUAUUUUGGACUGCUGUUCUGUUGACAAUGUGCCACAAAGCAAUAGUGCGAAGAGACAAGAUGUUUUUAUAAAAUUUGGAGAUUACUUUAUGGUGUUCAUAACAGUUCUUAUUGUAGUAAUAUAGUAUGAUUUUUCAUGAAUGGAAAGGCCACACAGAGAAUAUCAGAAGUAAAUAACUGUCUUACAGUCAGCAACAAAGUGGCUGUGGUGAGAACAUAAUGAACUAUGUAUCUUGCUGUCAAGUCUUUUUUAUUAUUUUGUAUAACACCAAAGCUGUUGUACAUUUUCUAUUGCCUGAUUGUUUUUCAUGUGUC